UGGGCCCAGAAAACUUGAGAAGCCGAAGGAGCCGAAUUGGGACAAGCAAAUACGAAUUCUAGCAGAUACUACACUCUGACGAAAACCUCUCCGCAGUAUACUGUAAAGAAGAAGUGAUGUCGUGGAGGCUGAGCAGGGGUGAUAUAGCCGGAUUGAGAAUACUGUUUAGUGUGGGGAUAUUUUACGGAUUGAUAUCGGUGCUGGUAUACUCCAUCAUUCACAUGAAGUUCAUCACACCACUUGGGAUGGAGGCUCCUCUUGAUCGCUUCUCUGAGGGCAGAGCUGUUGAGCAUGUUCGCGUCUUGUCUAAAGAUAUUGGAGGUCGCCAGGAAGGGCGUCAAGGUUUGAAACAAGCAGCUCAAUAUAUUAAGAGACAGUUGGAAAUGAUGAAGGAGCGAGCUCAGCCUGGUAUUAGAAUAGAGAUAGAGGAGACCAUUGUUAAUGGCUCCUUCAACAUGGUCUUUUUACGGCAUGGCAUUUCUCUGGCUUAUAGAAAUCAUAAAAAUAUUAUUAUGAGAAUCUCAUCAGUGGAUUCAGGAGAAAAUGAUACUGCAGUUUUGGUCAAUGGCCAUUUUGAUACUCCACCUGGUUCUCCAGGAGCUGGUGAUUGUGGUUCAUGUGUUGCAUCGAUGCUUGAGCUAGCAAGACUCUCUAUAGAUUCUGGCUGGAUUCCACCUAGACCAGUUAUAUUUCUAUUUAAUGGAGCUGAAGAACUGUUUAUGCUGGGUUCGCACGGUUUCAUAACUACGCAUAGAUGGAAUGAGACGGUUGGAGCAUUCAUAAAUAUUGAAGCUUCUGGGACCGGAGGCUUUGAUUUUGUUUGCCAAUCUGGACCUGGUUCCUGGCCUUCAUAUGUUUAUGCUCAAUCGGCACUCUAUCCUAUGGCGAAUAGUGCAGCUCAGGAUCUUUUUGGUAUUAUUCCUGGUGAUACAGACUACAGAAUGUUUGCCCAAGAUUUUGGCGAUAUUCCUGGACUGGAUAUUAUCUUCCUCCUUGGUGGUUAUUUUUAUCAUACCGCGUCUGAUACUGUUGAAAGACUAUUACCUGGAAGCAUUCAAGCACGUGGAGACAAUUUAUUAAGAAUAAUCAAAGCCUUCACAAACUCAUCUAACCUGCAAAAUGCACAUGAGAGGAGAUUAAGAUCUGCUGUCAAUAGAUCUGACAAUGAACAUGCGGUUUUCUUUGAUUACUUGUCAUGGUUCUUGAUAUACUAUUCAAGAGAGCAAGCUAUGCUACUUCAUAGUUUUCCUCUUGUCAUCUUUUUUCUUGUGCCACUUCUCUUACGCUUUCCAACUUGGGGACUGACCUGUUGUUUUGCAACCUUCAAUGAUUUUCUUAAAGGAAUGUUGUAUCAUACGUUUGCAAUUUUGCUAGGAAUUGUUUUUCCAGUUGCCUUUGCUGUCAUAAGACUGCUGUUUUCUGGUCAGUCGAUGAACUG